UUUUAAAAGCGUUAACAAUUUUUAAGCGGCGGCAGUGUUAAAGGUCACCGCGUACUAAUUUAUCAGUAAAAAAUGUGUAGUAACAAUAAAUGCUUUUAAUCCGCAAAGGAGCUUAUAUAAAUACGUAGUAAUUGUACAGCGGAUAAUUGAUUACUAGAGCAGUAAAGAAUAUUAUCUCAAUUAUUCCAAACAUUGUAGUUUUUUUCGCGAUUCCUCUGUACCAUAUGAUUUAGGUAAAUAAAUUUGUUUCUUCACUUUUGACGUUUAUGGUAAAUGACUUGAUAUUAAGCGAAGACAAUGGACCUGUGCAGGCUAUGUGUUAAAGCCGUUGAUCCUUUUAUAACUAAAUCAGUAUUUGACACAAACUGUCAGGAGCAACUGCAGCAUAUUGAAAUUGUUAUUGGAGAGACGUUAAAAAAUGAUUUGAAUUUACCUAUAUUUCUAUGCGAAGAAUGUGAGCUGUCAUUGGAACAAGCAUACAAAUUUAGAGAGACAUGCAUUAAAAAUCAAAUAUAUUUUAAUUCUGAAGAUUAUUUAAGCAGACUGGAAUUUCAAACCCAAAACAAUGAUAAAGAUUUAAUAUUUGCUAAUUAUGAUAACACAUUUGAGGAGGCUGAAGAAGGGGCAAAUUAUUUAGACACAUUUGCGCAGAAUGUUGAUGAUGAAGUAUUAUAUAAUAUCUACGACGGUAAAGAAUUGGAAGUUUUCGACAGCGAAUAUAAUGAGCAUACCUCUGAUUCUAUUUACCUAGAGGAGUUUAUCAGUGAUCAAGAAGGGAAAUAUACAGAUGUACAAGAAAAACCUUUAAAAAUAAGUAAACAAAUUAAUAUAAAUCAAAAGGCUAAUUAUAUCUGUGAGCACUGUGGGCACCUCUUUGUAUCGCGUAAUCAAUGUUUAACACAUCUAAGGCGACAUACUGGCGAUAAACCUUUUAUGUGCAAAUUCUGCGUGAAGAAGUUUGUUACAAAGAAUGAAUUAAAUCGACACUUGCGAACGCAUACGGGUGAGCGUCCUUAUACUUGUCAGUAUUGUGAUCGAAGUUAUCCUGAUGCUUCGAAAAGAUUAAAACAUGAACGUGCGCACAGAAAUGAUAGAAAAUUUUCUUGCCCACAUUGCGACAAGGCAUUUACAUCAUCGAGCAUCUUGAAGAGUCAUUUGUUAACGCAUACGAACGAGCGAUUAUAUAAAUGUGAGUUAUGUCAGAAAUCAUUCCAACGGCGUGCACAUUUACUUACACAUUAUCAUUCAAGAAGCCACAAAGUGAGAGAGCAAAAUCAGAAAUCAUAUUAUAAAUAUCAAUAUAGAAUGAAUUUAUGUCGAUUAUGUUUAAAACUUAUUGACCCAAUGGUUAGUCAAGCUCUUUUUGAUUCUGCUUUUAAGUCUGAACUGCAGCAAUUGCAAAUCUUAAUUGGCACAAUGAUUGAAAAUAAUGUCUAUUUGCCACAGCACAUAUGUGAACAUUGUGAACAGAACUUAAAGCGAACGUGUAAAUUUUCGGAGUGUUGUAUUGAGUCUCAACAAUAUUUCCAAACUCGAAAUUACAAAAAAAAAAUGCAAUAUAUAAAAAAAUUCAAAGAAGAAUUUGAAAGCGAAGAAUCGUUAACAUAUACCAGUGUGCAAGAAUUGAUAAAUGAAAAUUUAGAUACUAACGACAUAAUUUUAACCAUUCAACCUAAAGAAGAUAUAGAUGAAAUUGCUAAAUCGGGCGAUAUUAGUGAGGAUAUUGUGGAUAAUGAAUUUAUAAUUUCAUAUCCAGAUGUUGAAGUGCAUGAAAAUGCAGAUAAUUUAAAAACUGACGAUGAGGCAUCCGCAAAUAAGUUUGUUAUAACCAAGGAUGAAGACAAGACUUUCAGUAAGAAAUAUAGCAAACGUGAAAAAACUAAUUUUAUUUGUGAUCAAUGUGGAAACAAUUUCUCAAGUCGCAAUCACUUUUUAAUUCACUUAAAACGACAUUCCGGAGAUAAACCUUUCCAAUGCGAACUUUGUCCUGACAAAUUUUUUACGCACACAGAACUAAAGAGACAUAUGCGUAAGCACACUGGUGAACGUCCUUUUGCAUGCAAAUAUUGCGAUAGAAGAUUUAGUGAUUAUUCAACAAGAGUCAAGCAUGAAAGAACACAUACGAACGAGCGCCCGUUUUCUUGUACUCAAUGUGGGAAGUCAUUUACAACAUCAUAUAUAUUAAAAAACCACAUGCUAACACAUACUGGAGAACGUUCGUUCAAAUGUACGCUAUGUAGUAAAUCAUUUCAGAGACAAACGCACUUAGUGGUACAUUAUCGCUCCAUUUCACAUAAACAAAACGAAGAAAAGCAAAAUCUUACAUUAAAGCUGUAGAGGAAAUUUAAUAAAUUCAGAAUUUAUAAAUCAAAA